AUGUCGCCUACAGCCCCUGAUUCGGCCGUUACUGUUGCCACGCUUUUUGCGGGCCCAGGCAGUGCUGCAAAUAUUACUUCAUCGGUUAAUGAAAAUGUUGGAUUCCGAUUCGUGCUCGAUCGGACAGUUCAAACACUGUCAAAUAAAGGACUUCCUGAUUCUGGAACUGUAUCUGGUCUUCUAUUUGUCCCAGAUCUAGAGCCAAAAGAUCCAUGCAAUGACAUUUUAAGUGCAUACAUACCAGCCAACGUGACCCGCUACAAAGACGUUUCGGAAUUCGGCUACCCCGUGAUUGGAAUAGCUCCUUGGGUUUCGAUUGAGUGCACUAGGUCUUUUUUGGCUGCCUCGCGGCAUGUUAGCUCGGAAGCUCUCGUAUUCUUUCGGCCAUCAGUCAACGAUACGGAGCUGCCGCCGCCACCUGGCGAUGCACGAUGGUCUUUAAAAGACGGGGGCCGCUGGAGAAUUGAGAAUUCUUAUCCUAUCUACGCAAUCCCUGGUCCCUCUGGUUCGAUUUUGAUGAAAGAGCUCUCCUUGAUUUCAGACGGGAAAGCAAACAGCAGCACUUAUAAAAAGAAUUGGGAGUCUGAUAAAUAUCCCCAGAGUGGAAGCUCGCGACUCUUCACAAUGAUUGAUGCCGAAUCGCUUCCUAGCUCGUCACCAAGUCUUUGGAGUUUUGUCCUUGCGAUAUUAGGAACUAUCGUUGGCUUGAGCUUGAUUCUUCUUGUAAUAUAUCGCCUGAUUCAGCGGAAGAGAAGACAAAACCUGCGCAGGCGUAUUGACUCAGGUGAAAUUGAUAUUGAAUAUCGGGCAUUGAGCCAAGUCAAGGUACCACGUGAAGUUGUUGAGAAGAUGCCGCUCUUUACAUAUCCAAAUAUGUCGUCAAAUACUUCCCUCAACAAAGAAGAGAUCAACACCGGCAUGGAAGAGAUCGAAUCUAGAAUCGAACACCCUUUGCCAUUACCUGAGGAUGAGAAAAAUGAGCCUCGGGGCAUUACUGGAUUAAGGAAGCCCCAAGCGGCGAUCAUCAACCCAGCCACCGACGAUCAGAGGGCGCUAUCCUCAAACCCAUACCGAAUGAGCCAUACUCAGACUACCUGCGCCAUCUGCCUAGAUGACUUCGUUAUCGGAAGUUCAACUGUCAGAGAACUACCGUGUGGCCAUAUAUUCGACCCUGGGUGCAUCGAUCCAUUCCUUACAGACAACAGCAGUCUGUGCCCACUAUGCAAGAAAAGCGUAUUACCGACCGAAUAUCAUAACAUUGCUGUGACAAAUGCUAUGAUGGGUGCCCUCAAGUACGUCGAAGAGAUCCAGAAGAAGAAGCAGUCCGAUGUUAUUCGGUUCUUGCUCCGCGUUCGCUGCUGGGAGCUCCGUCAGCUGAAUGUCGUCCACCGUGCUUCCCGCCCCUCGCGCCCCGACAAGGCCCGCCGUCUCGGUUACAAGGCCAAGCAGGGUUACGUCGUCUACCGCAUCCGUGUCCGCCGCGGAGGCCGUAAGCGCCCUGCCCCCAAGGGUGCCACCUACGGAAAGCCCACCAACCAGGGUAUCAACCAGCUCAAGUACCAGCGUGCUCUCCGUGCCACCGCUGAGGAGCGUGUUGGCCGCCGUUGCGCUAACUUGCGCGUUCUGAACUCCUACUGGAUCAACCAGGACUCCACCUACAAGUUCUUCGAGGUUAUCCUUGUUGACCCCCAGCACAAGGCUAUCCGCCGUGAUGCCCGCAUCAACUGGAUCUGCAACCCCGUCCACAAGCACCGCGAGGCUCGUGGUCUUACUGCCACCGGAAAGAAGUCCCGUGGUAUCAACAAGGGUCACCGCUACAACAACACCAAGUCUGGUCGCCGCCACACUUGGAAGCGCCAGAACACCCAGAGCUACUGGCGUUACCGUUAA